GAGCACGACUACGACUACGACUACGACGACGACGACGACGACGAGGACGAGGACGGCAACGGCGACGAUUCAGUCGCGGCCGAUCCGCCACGCUGCGAGCUUUGUCGUCGUUAAAGCGCACGCACGCACGCACGCGCACACACUUACACACACACACACCACACCACACCACACACUUUUACACACACUCUUUCUAACGCACAUACAUACGUACAUACAUAUAUACACAUACAUAAACGCGUAUAUACGGAUAGAGAUAGACAGUGAGUCGAACGGAACGAACGCGCGUGCGUUUGCGCGUUUUCGUGCUCGCGCGCGUACGCACGCACGCAUAUAUAUAUAUAUAUAUAUAUAAAUAUAUACGUACGAAUGUAUUAUUACGAUUAAACAUUUCUUUUUUCCUCUUUCGUCGGUUUAUAAAAAACACCGAUUUGAUAGCACUCGAUUAACAUUCACGAACGAAAUCGCGAGGAAUAUAUGUAUCAGUCUCGUCGAAAGUGAUUUUCGUUUACGGCGUGCUUUUUUUUUCUUUUUUUUUUUUUUCUUUUUUUUUUUAUUUAUAUAUCUCUUCUAUAUGGUGUUACCUGUGUGAUAUUUGAACGGUGAGACCGGGAGAUAAAGAACGUUUUAGUUUUAUUUGGAACGACGAAGAAUUUAUUUUAUUAUUGUAUCGUCGUCGUCAUUGUUCUCGUUGUUGUUUUCUUCAAAUUUGAACGUUCGCCGAUCAUGUUGAUCGACGUAAGACCGUGUGAAAGCACGCGGUUUAAAGAAUCUUAUAGAAUCGCGCGAGGAUACGUAGGUACUCGGUGAAACAGAAUUAUUAUCGUCGUAAAUCGUAAUCGAAAUUAUAUAAAUAUAUAUACAUAUAAUCGCAAUGAGUAAUAAUAAAAAUAAUAAUAAUAAUAAACAAAAGCAACAACACCGAGACACAUCGUAGUAAUAAUACAGAUCUAUAAAUCGAAAAAUAAACGAGUGACCGAUCAACGGUGCGUGAAACUAAGCGGAACAAGGUGUCAUGAAAAUUUCAAUUGUCCUUUAAAAUCGUGCGCGAUCCUCCCUCUCCUUUCUCGCAUCCCUUCGAAAUCUAUUUCUCAAUCCUUUGCUUCGGUCGAGUUUAUACGCGGGAAAAGUUUCGUCUGAAUUUUUGUCGAGUGAACUCUACUCAAGAAAGAUCUUCGUUUAACCAAACGAACGUUUAAUCGUUUACUUGUUAAGUGAAAAAAAGUUUCAAAAGAAAAGCGAAAGAAGAAGAUAGAAGCAGCAACGACAACAACAACAACAACAACACAACAAAAACGAAAACAAGAUCGAAAGAAGAUGGACGACGAUGAUCAAGGUGAUGUUGUUCGAGAGGACGAGAGGAUAUGAAGAUGAAAAGAGAAGAGGAAGAACGUUCGAUCGACGAACGUCGUCAUCGUCCCGAGUACUCAUCGUCGUCGUCGUCGUCGUCGUCGUCGACGUCGUCGACGUCGUCGUCGUCGUCGCCGUUGUUGUUGGCGGCUAGUUAGCGAUCCGAGGAUGAUGCGCGCGUGUUCCUCCGUGCUCCUCGGGAUUCCUGGGUCAGCGACGAUUAAUUAUCGACAAUCGUGUAAGAAGGAACGAUACGAUGAGGAUCGGUCUAACGUUAAGCUUCCUUGGGAUAUCCAUGACGUAAGAUCUUAGUUUAUAAUUUGGCUGCUCGAGAAGAAGAGCAGCUGUUAUAAAUAACAAGAAAGACAGAAAGAAAGACAGAGAGAAAGAAAAAAAGAAAGAAAGAAAGACAGAAGGAAAAAUAUAGAGAAAGAGAGUGACAGAAAAAAAUGACGACGCUAACGACAGCGUCUGAUCGUCCGGAGGGCUCGUUGGUCGGCGUGACGUCGGUCCUGGACUUAGCCUCAGGGAGGAACCUCAGUUUGUCUAACAACGUCCAUGGUGAAGAGUCGAAAGAUCCCUGGUCCGAUGUAUCGUUGACCAUCUUGAAGGGUUGCAUACUUGGUUGGAUCAUAGUUAUGGCAGUAUUUGGUAAUUUACUUGUAAUGGUGUCGGUAAUGCGUCAUAGAAAAUUACGUAUAAUAACGAAUUAUUUCGUUGUCUCGCUCGCCCUCGCCGACAUGUUAGUGGCCAUGUUCGCAAUGACAUUUAAUGCCAGCGUACAAAUAAAGGGUCAAUGGCUCUUCGGUUAUUUCAUGUGCGACGUUUGGAACUCGUUGGACGUCUACUUCAGUACGAGCUCGAUUCUCCACUUGAUGUGCAUCUCGGUUGAUCGUUAUUACGCGAUCGUGAAGCCUCUCAAGUAUCCCAUCAAGAUGACGAAGAGAGUGGUAGCUUGUAUGUUGCUAGCCUGCUGGGUAUCACCAGCGAUAAUAUCAUUCGUACCGAUAUUCAACGGUUGGUAUACAACAGCCGAGGAUAGCGUACACCGACAGGACCAUCCAGAAUUGUGUCUCUUUCGGGUUAACACGGGUUACGCGAUCGUAUCGUCGUGCAUAUCAUUUUGGAUACCGUGUACUAUAAUGAUGCUGACGUAUUACUCGAUCUUCAAGGAGGCGAAUCGUCAAGAAAAACAAAUGCACAGUCGUUUAGGUAACGCGAUGUUACUGAGUCAUAGGACGAGUAAAGAUAUGAACAAUCUUAACGGUGAAUUAAAUAGCGCCGGUUCAUCGAAGACAUUAACCCUCAACGAAAUAAGCACGGACCAAUUGCACACCCCUACCAAGGACAAGAACAUAAUGAAGAUGAAGAGAGAACACAAAGCUGCUAGGACUCUCGGAAUAAUAAUGGGCACUUUCAUACUCUGCUGGUUACCAUUCUUUCUAUGGUACGUCAUAACAGCACUGUGCCGUACGUGUCCUUGUCCCGACAUCGUCAUUGCUAUACUAUUUUGGAUAGGAUACACUAAUUCGGCGUUAAAUCCGCUGAUAUACGCGUACUUCAAUCGUGACUUUCGGGAAGCUUUCAAGAACACCCUACAAUGCGCCUUUUGUUCGCUCUGCAGGCGACAGCCGUCCGAUCUCGAAGCGUUAAACUUCCGCCGGCCAUCCCUAAGGUACGAUGAUCGCACGAAGAGCAUAUAUACGGAAACGUACAUCAUCAAGCACAACGACCGUCGGAGAUCGAGCGAAUUCGGCAGCAGCCUUUGAGAGACAACCUUUAACGUGACGUCGAAUCGUACGGUGUUCUGUGUUCGUAAGAAAGAAAAUAUUCGUGUGAUUAUUCGUGAGAAAUGUAGGAACGAUAGGAUUCCCUUUGAAAGAGUAUUAGAAGAUGUUGACCGAAAGGAAUGAAGGAAUUAGAAGAAGUCAAACGAAUGAUAGUUAAAAGAACAACGUGCGACAAAGAUCUUUCUUUCUUUCUCUCUCUCUCUCUCUUUCUCUCUCUCUCUCUCUCUCUUUCUUUCUCUCUCUUUCUCUCUUUAUCUCUCUCUAUCUCUCUUUUUCUCUUAUUUUAAUCACGAAGAUAUUGGAAGAUAAUAUCGCACUUCUUUAACAAAAUUUUGUACCCUUUUUUGUCUUUAAAAUUGCAUCGCUUUUAAGAGACUUUUAUAAGUUUGCAAAAGAGAUAGAUAAAUGGAUAAAUAGAUAGAUAGAUAGAUAGAGAGAGAGAGAGAGAGAGAGAGAGAGAGAGAGAGAAAGGGAGAGAGAGAAGGGCAGAAGCUUUCGCACGUUUUAAUGAAACGCGAUAAAAGCAAAGACGACGGGCCUUAACGUCGUUUCGUUUAUUACUUCCCCGUUCGACGAUCCUUUGAUCCCACCUUUAAUCGCAAUCGACGUUCAAAAAACGUUUUCAUCUCUGCCCAAUUGCAAUCGAUAACUCGAUUGUCGAUCGAGCUUCAUCGAACAAAUGGCUACAAAAGUGAAACGCAGAUAUAGAGAGAAAGAAAGAGAGAAAGAAAGAGAGAGAGAGAGAAAGAGAG